AUGGAGUCUUCAUCAGCCAUGAGCUGGGCUCUGACGCUCCCUGAGAUUCUCGGCAACAUCUUCGACCAGCUGGAGAGUGACUCUCGCACACUCGUCGCAGCCAGCCUUGUCAACCAGCUAUGGUUUUCCUCCGCAACAGACGUUUUGUGGAAGAUGGCAGCAUGGGAGAAUCUGCUUCAGGUUGCGGAAGACCGCCAGCAGAUUUACGCCGCCAAGAUGACGUCCCUCUCGUUUGCGGGCGACGACGCGGCCACCUGCCACGCCCGAUUCCAGCGCCUCCAGUUCAGCAGCCUCAAGAGCGUCUCUCUCGACUCGUAUCGCCCGGAAGAGGACGGCAGUUUCUAUCAUAUACGGCAGUACAUGCAGCCGCCGCUCGAGCGCUUCGAGUUUUACGGCGGAGACCUGGACGAGCAGCUGCUCGGCCACCUGCGAAGCAGCUGCUGGAAGCUGCAGCAGCUUCUGAUGGAUUCUCCUGGUCCCAAGAUUACGGAAAGAUUCUUCUACGCUUUUAUUGCCGAAUAUGCCUCGCUGAGAGACGUCAAAUUCAUGUUUGGAAUGGACCAGCUGAUUAGCGACGAGCUUUUGCUGCACCUCGCAAAUCGAGAUGCCCUUUCCGGGCUGGCGAUCGGCAGGCAGCUCUCGCAAGAGAUCUUGGAGCGAAUAUUGGCAGAGGCAUCAUCGGCACCGUUCGAGGGACUUAAAAGCCUUGUUAUGAAUACCACUGCCGCAGCGGUCCCGGCUCUAGUCAAGGUCUUCGCAAACAUCAGCUCCUUGGAGCUGGACGUCCAAGAUGGUGAUGGAGACGUUCUCAAGCAUCUCUGCUACUCCUUGCCAGGUCUGAAACGGCUAGAUUUGACCUUUUCUAGGCCCACGAAGCUCGCUGUCGACGACCUUUUGUCUCUAAAGAAGCUAUCUAGACUCGAAUUUCUAGCGAUUGGACCGAAUGAGAUGGCCGAGAGCACAACUGUCGAUUCGCUAGACUCUGGAUUUUCCGAUGCAGACUUUGACGAUAUAUUUUCCCACUUGCCAUGUCUACGGAUGCUGAAUUUCACUGUGCAGUCCGGCUUGUCCGCCGCCGCGGCCUUUGAGUCCCUCUCCAAGCACUGUCGAAUGCUGGAGGAGUGCAUAUUGCCGCUGAUGUUUGAUCUGGGGACGCUGAAGAGCGGCACAGUCAUGUUUCCAAAGCUGCGUGAGCUCGGUGUGGGCGGUUUUGAGCCAAGUCUGAUCCUCAGCGACAGCGACGGAGACUCUGCGGAUGAGGCGAUUGAUCUGCUAAAGAGGCGGCUGCCCCACCUGCGAUCUGUUUAUGUGAAUAGUGACGAUGAUUUUAGCAACUUGAUUGCGAACGUCUUCUCAGAGUAG